AUGGCCUUUAGGGUUACGAAUCACAAACCCGACAGUGUUGUCCAUUACCCAUUGGUGCUACUUUCUGGCAUGUGCGGCAGUGACCACUCGUCGGCCUCAGUGUCAGUGGCUAACCUGUCCAGUGCAUGCCCCAACCGCUUCACGUUGUGGCCGACAGCCAACGGAACAUUCAAAGUGAUUGUUCAGCUCGUAUGCGGAAGAAACGACCUUGUCCUGAAAUAUGACACUGCCUGUCAAACAUUUACACUGUUUUUUAAGCCAGUGCUCCUCCAGCAGUGCAAAUACAUCCGCCUAAUCUACAUAACAUGCCAUGAUGCGCCAGAGCAGGGUUACUUUCAAGGGCCUGAAGAGGAAGACUGCUCCAUCAAGAGUGCCUGCAAUCGCAUCAGCUUGGGAAUGCAAAUUCUACAGACAGCAAUGGCUGAAACUCUUGCAGCUGCUGGUAUGGGUCACAAAUCGUUUUGUCUGGAAGGUGGAGAUGGAGAGCCUGUGGUUCAUGUAUUCAGAAGCAAGCUUUGCUACAGUGAGGCUUGUGUGAUGACGAAAGAGGACAUUUGGAGCCACAUAGCGACAGAAUUGAUGAAUUCAGAACUCAGAGAUGGGGACCGUUGCAAGUUUGUGGCAUUUUUGUCCUGGACCCGCUAUCGAAGCGACACAGUCGAAGCGAGAACACACAGUGAGGUUAUGAGUCGAGUGUCAGGCCACGUUAUGGUUGGUGCUGGAGGACUGGCUUUGUGUGGAACGGGUUGCCUCUACACUUGGGCGCAGAAUGUCGAAGAGCUUUCGUGGAGGUUGUAUGACACGAGAAAGGUGGAUAGCCUGCAUUUUAUGGAUGACAGUAACUACAGAGGCACGCUUUCGGCGUGCUACUCGAGCAGCUUAGGCGGUGUGUUACACGAGCUGGGUCACACCUUCGGUCUUGGCCACACACGUGACGGCAUCAUGGGCCAUGGGUUCCACGACAUCUGCCACAUCUACACAGUCUCCAUUGAUAAAGCAGAAACAGUUGCGAACAAUAUUUCUGCUCCGCCCGUGCAACCAUCAGCAAGUAGAGACGUUCACGAGAACCCACCUGAGCCGAGGAAAAUCCGCCUGACAACUCUUGAGCCGAAAGAAAAGCCUCGUGGAGUUGCAGCGCACACCCGUAGUCCAAGGACAGCCCCUUCCGGAGCCAAAUGGUCGCAUUCUUGUGCCAUCAUCUUGAGCCAUCACCCGUGGCUGAAUGCCAGCAAGACAUCAAACAUUGCUGGCACAAUUCAACUCCACAAUGAACAGCGCUUGACGUCACCACAUGGCAUUCGUCUCGUAGAAUUUCGUCGUGCUGAAGAUGCAAUGGUCCUUGACUAUUGGGAGUUCCCUGAAGGUGUCGAGGAAGUGUCCAUCGAGGCCAGCAAGUUGAACUUUCUUCAGUCACCAGGAUCUGUGCCUGCUUUGGAGCAAGAGCAUGAGUUUGGUGAUGCCAAUGCCCUGUAUGUAUUUGCUAUUGACACAGCUGGAAACACAUUAGGAAGAAAUUUGCAUGUACUGCUAAAUUAAAAGAAAUUAACACUGUUGA